AUGUCACUACUUCCGGAAGCAGCAACAAUUAAAGGAGCGAAAUAUGACGUGCCUGCUGAAGUCACCGCACCACAUAAUUGGGACGUGCACAUCGAGCAUCACAAAGGGAAAACGAGCGUCACAACACUCCAAGCCACAAGAAAGAUGAAGAGCGACGAUGCUCGAAAACUCGGGAAGUUGAUUCUGAAAAACCUUGGCCAGAAGGAGAAGGCUCUUAUCAAAUUAGGGCUUCUGGGUGCGCGCAUUUCGAGUAACCCUACUACUGCGCUUAUUUCUUCGUUGUCCUCCAACGUGGAAGAUGUGCCUAGGCGGGCCGCAAACCUUCAGAACCUGGAAAACCUCAAUUUCCCCGCAUUGGUUGAUAUGAUCAAUGAUUUGGGCGUUGGUCACCAUUCAAUUCAGUUAACCAUCUUCGAGAAACGGCCUUUUCUCUUGAAACUCGGGCGAGCCACCGUCGUACUUCUCGCUAUUGCCAUUCAGAUUGGGUUGUCUUUCGUUACGCUCUGA